GCAAACUUGCUUCACAGCCUUGGCUCUCCCAAGAUGGCGCCGCGCAGGAGGUGUCGUUGAGGGGCUGUCGGGCAUUCCGCGGCUGAGGUCGCUUUUGCUCUAAAGUCACCAUAUGAAAAGCAACCCUUGGAAAAUUGAUCAAGGAACAACUAUUCUACAUCAAGAAAUGAAGGAAAAUAAAGAAAACUCUAGUCCUUCUGUAGCUUUGGCAAAUCUGGACCAUACAAAGCCAUGCUGGUACUGGGAUAAGAAAGACUUGGCUCAUACCCCAUCACAACUAGAAGGACUUGAUCCAGCUACUGAGGCAAGAUACCGAAGAGAAGGCGCCCGGUUUAUAUUUGAUGUAGGAACCCGCUUGGGACUACAUUACGAUACGCUAGCAACUGGAAUAAUUUAUUUUCAUCGAUUUUAUAUGUUCCACUCCUUCAAACAGUUUCCAAGAUAUGUGACUGGAGCUUGCUGUCUUUUCCUAGCAGGGAAAGUUGAAGAAACACCCAAAAAAUGUAAAGAUAUCAUCAAAACGGCUCGUAGUUUACUAAAUGAUGUGCAGUUUGGACAAUUCGGAGAUGAUCCAAAGCAAAGAAAUAAUCCACUGCACAGGGGAAGCAGUGAAACUGGCCACACAGAGUGCAGCCAUAUGCAUACAGAAGAAGUUAUGGUUUUGGAGAGGAUCUUACUACAGACGAUAAAAUUCGACUUGCAAGUGGAGCACCCCUACCAGUUCCUCCUUAAAUAUGCCAAGCAGCUGAAAGGUGAUAAGAACAAAAUUCAAAAGCUGGUGCAAAUGGCAUGGACGUUUGUAAAUGACAGCCUGUGUACUACGUUGUCACUGCAGUGGGAGCCAGAAAUCAUAGCAGUUGCUGUGAUGUAUCUGGCAGGCCGCUUGUGCAAGUUUGAGAUUCAGGAGUGGACCUCAAAGCCGAUGUACCGAAGGUGGUGGGAGCAGUUUGUGCAAGACGUACCUGUUGAUGUCCUGGAAGACAUCUGUCAUCAGAUCCUGGAUCUGUAUUCACAGGGGAAGCAACAAAUGCCUCACCACACCCCACAUCAGCUACAGCAGCCUCCUUCCCUUCAGGCUGUGCCUCAGGUGACUCCACCGCAGCAGACCCAGCAAUCUCAGACUUCUGAGCCAUCACAACCACAACCCCCCCAGAAAGAAUCUCAGCCAGCAGGGCAGCAGCAGCCGCCGCCACCCCCCCAGACUCCACAGUCCAAAAAACCUUCUCCACAGUCGAGUCCUCCCAGGCAAGCCAAACGGCCAGCGGCUGUAUCUCCAAAAGAAGAAACCAAAACUGCAGAAGCGCCACCUCCUAAGAUUGCUAAAAUGGAGGCUUCCCAUCCACCAGCCCCUCCCACGCAUCCUCCACCUGAACUGAAGCCUCCUCUGACGACUGCAGUUUCCAUGGGAGGUGAUCAGGCUACUACGGUUGAUUCCGUAGACCUGGCCAAAGUCCAGAUUGCUCCUCCGUCUCAUCCGGCUCCUGUGCAUCAACCACCUCCUCUGCCUCAUCGGCCGCCACCCCCACCGUCCAGUUACAUAACCGGCAUGUCCACAACCAAUUCAUACAUGUCAGGGGAGGGAUAUCAGAGUCUUCAGUCAAUGAUGAAGACAGAAGCGCCCACCUACGGAGCUAUGCCGCCAAACUAUGGACCUCCGACUCACUUGCCGUAUCACCCUCAUGUGUAUCCUCCCAACCCUCCUCCGCCUGUUCCUCCUCCCCCCACAGCAUUCCCCCCACCGACUAUUCCUCCUCCGACCCCAGGCUACCCUCCACCCCCUACCUACAAUCCGAACUUCCCACCCCCUCGGUUGCCCCCCUCUCAUGCUGUCCCACCUCACCCACCUCCAGGGCUGGGGAUGCCACCAGCAAGUUAUCCCCCUCCCACAGUGCCCCCUGGUGGACAGCCUCCAGUACCACCUCCAAUACCGCCCCCCGGCAUGCCCCCUGUUGCAGGACUUGGGCGGGCUACUUGGAUGAGAUAACAAUUGUAUAUACUCGUCAAGAUGGCAAGGCAGCAGCCAGCAGCAAUAGAGACUGGUAACAGUAUAAAAAACUAGAAAGCAGCGGCAUUGAAUCUUUACUGGUCUGCUUACAGUGUAGCCACUAGAGAACAAUAAAGACAUUUUGUUUUCAAUAUUGCAAACUUAAUUAAAAUCCAAGUUGUUCCAAGUUUAAUUCUAGCACUGGAUUACUUUGCACUAGUACAAAUGUUUUAAAAGCCAUAUUGGCUCGGUUAUAUCGGUAAGAAGAAAAUUUCCUUCUAGAAAUCAGUGCCUACUUUUUUUGAGUAUCAAGGUUUUAGGGUAUCAUUCCAUCUGAGAAAGAGAAGCCGUUCUGGUUUUCAUUACUUAAUGUUCCGGCAACACUUUGUUGUACGUAUCAGAGCUACUUCUAUUUAAUAUAUAAACUUUUGACAGCCCAUAGCUUACAAACAACCCUUGCUGUUUGCCUUUUGCUAUUUUUGUUUUGGAAUGUACUGGGAUCUUGACCUGUAAUGUAUGUUUAAACCUCUUGUGCAAAUUUCUGUACAUAAAUAACUAUAUUUUCUAAGUGUGGAAGUCUGAAUGUAACAGCAUACUGUGAUUUACAUCUUGGUUAAAAAAAAAAUAAUGCUGAGUUUCUUGACAUGCUCCCAAAUAAAGCUGGUUCUGUAAUCAGCAGUAGUGUGGGGGAAGUAAUGAUUUUUAAAAAGUCUUUGUGUCGAUUGGCACAGUGAUCGCUGCAAGAUCAUGCCGAAACAUCCAACUUCUUGAGUACAAGCUCUUAACCAAACGCAAACCGAGGAAGUAUUAAUAAUUUUUAAAAGUGAUUAGUCACUGGAUGGGGAAUUAGUCACCUCUUGGCUAAAAUAUGUAAUUUA